UAGCCCACUUUGACUAGGCAAUUUCUUCAGCCCAGAAAUUAAAAAAGAAAUUUUCUGCUUCAUCAAUGGCGGUCUCGCUGCUUCAACGAAGAAGCACUACUUCUUCCAUAGUUGCUUCAGCUAGCAAAAUCUUCACGUUGGAUGCGCCAACUCUUAGGCUAAUUCGAUAAAAUUAUUGAUAUUUGGUGUCGGAAAAGAAGUGCAUUAGUGCCGCUGGAUUACUAAUAUGGGUUCAACAUUUGGAGCUGCGGCAAUGGCGGUGGACAACGAUAAGCUCGGAGCAGCACCCCUUGUUAUCGCCGCCACCUGUUUGCUCGCACUUGCAAUCUCUGUUCAUCUCAUAAAGCAAUUCUUCGCGAACACGAAGUGCAAAAAACCUUGUUAUUUGAUUACGGAACCGAAGCCCCAAUACAAAUUCAAGCGAGUAUUGGCGGAUAAUUCGUACUCUCAAUUCAAACACCUUAAGCUCCACGCAGAGGAUUCUGUCAUCGAAGAGGAGUACUCGGAUUUGCAUCCAUACAAAGGGGAGAUUUCGAGCCUAAUGAAAAAUGCAAAUGUGGAGAUUUUGGAGUUAUUUGAAGGGUGUGAAAAGUGGAGUUUGGAGAUGGGAGGUGAGUAUGUGUGGGUUGAGGAGGAGGCGCAGUUGAGAGAGGUCGCGGAGGAGUUGAGCAAUGAGAAGGUGUUUGCGGUGGAUACAGAGCAGCACGGUUUGAGAUCAUUCUUAGGUUUCACAGCUCUGAUUCAGAUAUCCACUAUGAGCAAGGAUUAUUUGAUAGACACAAUUAUCCUGCAUGAUGUGAUGGGACUUCUUAGGCCCGUAUUUGCUAAUCCGGGAAUAUGCAAGGUGUUUCAUGGUGCCCAUAAUGAUAUUCUCUGGCUUCAAAGAGAUUUCCACAUCUAUGUUGUCAAUUUAUUUGACACGGCCAAGGCAUGCGAUAUUUUAUCAAAACCACAGAAAUCGUUGGCGUAUUUGCUUGAAACAUAUUGCAGUGUUGCCACAAACAAGCUGUUGCAGAGGGAGGACUGGAGACAACGCCCUUUAUCAGAAGAAAUGAUCCAAUAUGCUCGAGUAGAUGCACACUAUCUAUUGUAUAUUGCAUAUCGUCUAUGUACAGAGCUUAAACAACUGAAAAAUGAAAAUUCAUCUCCUGGUGACAAGUUCCAUUUUCUUCUCGAGGCUAGUCGACGGUCAAAUGCAACUUGUUUGCAGCUUUUUGCAAAAGAUGUUGAAUCUUGUACUGGAGAAUUGGCUGCAUCAUCAAUCAUUUCUCGGUGCUUAAAUGAUCCCGGAAAUAUUUCACCAAGUCUUUGUGAUGACAAGUUUCAGGAACUUGUGAGACAACUGUGUGUAUGGAGGGAUCUAAUGGCUCGCCUCCAUGACGAAAGCCUGAGAUUUGUUUUGUCAGAUAACGCAAUCAUUACACUAGCAGCUAAAAUCCCAACAACUGAAACUGAUAUUUACAGCAAUAUGCUCGAAGCUGAUUCAGAUGUUGAAUCUGUGACGAUGGUUCCUCUCCAAACUCCAUCACCUGUAGUUUGUUCUCAUUUGGACGACCUGCUCUGCUUGCUUCGGGGAAGGAUUACCAAUCUCGAUGAUAUACUUCAAAUGUGCAUCCGGGAACACCUCGGUCCAGGUGGUAGCUGUCCUCUUUCUGCAUAUAACUAUGCCCUUCUGUCCAAAACUACCCUGGGAACGAGCAAUAGAAUCACGCCUAAUCACAACGGAUUCAGAGCUUCGAAACAGGUUGCAAAGAUGGCUUCUCGACAGCUUUUUGUUCAGAAAUUUUCAUGCAAGUCCCCUGUUUAUCACAACUGUAAGAUCUAUGCAAAUGACGGACGAUUAUUAUGUUACUGUGAUCAGAGAAAGCUUCAAUGGUAUCUGAAUCGGGAUCUGGCAAAACUUGUAGAGGAAGAUCCUCCGUCCAUCAUGCUUCUCUUUGAGCCCAAAGGACGCCCAGAAGACGAGGACAACGACUUUUAUAUUCAGAGUAAGAAAAAUAUAUGUGUUGGCUGUGGUGAAGGAAACCACUACCUACGAUACAGAAUCAUACCUUCAUGCUACAGAAUACAUUUUCCCGAGCAUUUGAAAAGUCAUCGCUCCCAUGAUAUUGUCCUCCUUUGUGUGGAUUGUCAUGAAAUUGCUCAUACUGCUGCUGAAAAGUACAAAAAGCAAGUAGCUGCUGAAUUUGGAAUACCAUUAUUUAUUCGUAGGGUCGCUGACUUGGAUAAGACACAAAAUACUCCUGCAUCUUCUUCCACUGCGUCUUGUGAGGAGGUUGGUGUGUCUCCUUUACAGUUGCGUAUUGCUGCUAUGGCUCUGCUGCGCCACGGACCGCGAAUGCCAUCUCAGCGACGUGAAGAAUUAAUGCAGACUGUCAUGACUUACUAUGGAGGGAGAGAAAUAUCAGAUGAAGAUCUUGAAAAGGCUUUGUUAGUCGGAAUGAGUCCUCACGAGAGAAGAAGAUUCGAGAAAAAGAGAGGUUAUGUGUUCAAACAUCUGGGAAAAGGUAACAAUUCAAUUGAUGCUGAAGAGGAUGAUAUUGCUGGCAAGCCAUCUGUCACCGUCAAGAAUGCAUCAAACGAUGAAGACGAGGAGGAUUCGUUGCACACCAAUAUGACAGAUGCUUAUCAACAACAAGAUUAUGACAACAUUUUAGAUGAAGCAGAAACAAGCACUCAACAUUCGUCUCCAAAUAUCAGAGAGAAUACUUCUCCAUCCAGUGCUGACGCCGAUGAUGCUGCAUCAGAUACAAAGAUGGUUUCAGCAGCCGGAAGCAUUUCUAUCUCCGACAAUGAUGAAACUUCUGGAAGCGGAAAUUUAUCAAAUGGGGUGACUAGUCCGUUGGAGGAUAAGGACGUUUCGCUUAAGCAUGAUUCGAAGAUGUCAUUAUUAGGACACGGACCUCAUGGAAAGCAAGUAGUCGAGUAUCUGCUUAGGGAGCGCGGCGAAGAUGGGGUCCGUGAGUUUUGUCAGAGAUGGAGACAUGUUUUCGUUGACGCUCUUCAUCCGCGUUUCUUGCCUGGUGGCUGGGAUGUUAAGCACAGGAUUUGAUGUUGGACACUUUUUUGCCAGUGGUAAAAGAGAUUUCGGUGAGUUCAGUGUCUACAAGCCCACCACCAAUGCUGCUGCUGCUGCUAUUGAUGGAUAGAACUCUCUCUCUCUCUCUCUCUCUCUCUCUCAUCUUUUUGUUGAUAGAGACUACCAUGCUGGAAUUUUGCUGAUGGUGAAUUGAUUUAGUUAUUUUUUUUCUUCCUCCAAUUGUGUUGUUGUAAGUGGAAUAUAGCAAGUUGUUACUUUGAAGAAUGGCAACAAUUUUGUAACUUUAAUUUUGAGUAAUUUUUAUGGUGAUAUUGAAGGAUUUGCUUCUUGA